AUGUCAAGUUAUACUAUGCUGCGCAAGCAGGCGCUGACCAAUCUUGCUUUUACAGUCCCUAAAAACCGCAAGCCCAAAUUCGAUUUAACCCUGCGCAUUAUCGAUCUGACCAAUAUCCCUCUGAUCUCCGGUACUGCCACCGUUCGAUGGCAUCUCUCCAGCUCAAAUGCGGCUGAGCACCGCGGCCGCACGGACAAGGCCUACAUACUCGAGCACAAGGCAACAUGGGACUACCUAAAGGAAAUUCCGGUGCGGCUCACCAUUGAUAAGACCCAGAUGCUACAGGAAUGCGACAUCCACUUCGAGAUCUUGCAGGAGUACAACGAGGGCGGAAGAGGAGGCAGAGUACACUUGGGGAACGUAAAGCUGAAUCUAGCCGAGUAUGCCCAUUUACCAGAGGCCAUGACCGAGCGUGAUCCACAGGAUGAGAGCGACGACGGCGGCAUCACUAGACGCUACCUCUUGCAGGACAGUAAAGUGAACAGCACCUUGAAGAUCGGUAUUAAGAUGAAACAAACCGAAGGAGACGCAAAUUUCAUCGCCCCGCCGCUCAAGUCAGCAAUGGUCAUCGGCGGAAUUGCAGGAGUUCUUUCCACGGAGGCCGGGGAGGGAGAUGACAUUCCUAGCAUCACGAGCAAGACAAGAGAGCUGUCAGAAGCGCAGGACAUCUACAGACGGACACUCGCCGCGACUUGGGCUUGUCAGGCAGGUGAACUUGCGCCUGACAAGUUGAUCGAAGACCUAUUUAGCGGGGGAGACGGCGGCAAAAUCAAAAGCCCGACAAAGCCUAUACAUAAUCAGGCCCGCCUUGGCCCGCGCGAGGAGAGUCUAGGGUCCAGCUCGAGCGACGAGACGAGGCGGCCGGUGACUCCGCGGAGCCAGCACUUGACUCCACAGAUGGCUAAUGGACAUGGACACCGGAGAGGUGGCAGUGCCGACGGUGGAAACACGAAUGGCCAACUCGGUGGCGUUGCGCCGUUAGGAACGGUUAGUGGGAGAUCGAGCAUCGAGCAGCAGGUGCAUGCCAGCCAACAUCAUCACCAUUCAAGGCGGAGGGACCUAGACUACCGUGAGCUCACGGAAUUCGACCUACGUGAUGAUCUACGCAGCUGGCAAGUUCGGGUUUGA